AUGUCAUAUCUUAUUUGGUUUAGGAGCCAUAAUAGAUAUGAUGAUUGUAAAAUUAGUGAGUUAAAAUCAUUAUUGGAAAUAUUUUGUGAUAAAAGAAAGGAGUUGUGGUUAAAUGAAAAGGAAAACAAUUAUAAAGGCGAGGUUUUUUUAAAAGUAAAUAUAACAGAAGAAGAAUUAUGGAAAAAUGUACUAUCUAGAAGUAUUUUAAUUAAGGGAGUUGUUGACUUAUGGGGUGAAGGGAACUCAUAUGAUGAUUUAUUAAAAAAUUUAACUACAAAAAAGCACCUUUUUGAAAAUAAUUUAAGAAAUAAAAAGUGGUGCUUUUACUUUAAUUCUUUUGGUAAAGUGGUAAAUCAAAUUGAUAAAAAAAAAAAGAUGGAUUAUUUUAAAAUUUUUUUUGAUGAGUUUAGAGAUAUUGAUUUAAUAAACCCAGAUGUGCACAUUGCAUUAUUUGAAGAAUACGAUAAAAAAAAUUCAAAGAUUUUAAAAAAAGUAUAUUUUGGUAAAUGCAUUGUACUAAGAAAAUAUCAAAAUUCCAUUUUUAAUACAUAUGAAAAAACAACUGAAAAACCAAAAAUUUCAUGGUGGAAAAAUUAUGCCUUAAAUAAAAGGCCAAUAUUAGGACCUACUACUACCGACAAUGAAUUGGCAUUUAUAAUGUGUAAUAUAGCAAAAAUAAAAAAUGGUCACAUUGUAUUAGAUCCUUUUGUAGGAUCAGGUGGGUUAUUAGUAUCAUGCUCUAUCUUUAAUGCAAUUUGUAUAGGCAAUGAUAUUGACAUAAGAUUAUUGAAGGGUUAUAGAUUAUCAUAUUUAAAUCCACAUAUCGAACAUCAAAAUGACAAAAAAAAUAUUUUUCAAAAUUUUUUACACUACAAUUUAAAUAUGCCUGAUAUUUUAGUAUCUGAUAAUUCAAAGCCAAUCUGGAAUUUUUUCCAUAAACCAUGGGUCGAUGCAAUAGUUACUGAUCCACCUUAUGGAAAUAGAGCAACUAUUAGAACAAGUGUAAAAAAUUCCAGUAAUGCAAAAAAUAAAGGAGAUAUUAUAAAUAAUAAUGAAUUCAAUGAAAAUAGUGCAAUUAUAAAUAACAAUGAAAAUGAAUUAGAAAGAAAAAAUACAUUGAAUAAAAAAACAAUUAAUUACAGAUGUGCCGCAGCUAUAAAAGAUUUAUUAAAUAUUGCAUCCCACACAUUAGUUGAUAACGGUAUGUUAGUGUUUUUAUUACCCGUUCAAUUGAAAACUAUUAAAGAAGAAAUAGAAAUUUUAAAUCAUUCAGAUUUUUACUUAAUUUCUUAUGAUUUACAAACAUUGACUUCUUUUUCUGGAAGACUUAUAGUUUCUAUGCAAAGAAAGAAUAGAACUUUUUCAAGUUAA